UACAUUUUACAACACUGACUCGUACUAAUAAACAAGGCAGCUGGAAAACAUUUAUAAAAAUCGAAAAGUCCUCGAUUUGUCUUCAAUUUAGUAGUUCAAAAACACAGCAGCAAGAUGGGCAAGGGCUUCAACAACUACAUGUGUAAGAAAUUCUUCCACCCCGCCUCCAGGGACAAUCUGAAAAGGGUGUGGAUGGCGGAGCAGCAGGCGGAGGCAUACAAAAAGAAGCAGGAGGAGCUGCGCAAUCAGUACGAAAAGGAGCAGAAUCUGCACGAGAACAAGGCGAUGCUCAGCAAGGACAGCAAGGAUAAGCUGAGUGUCAACUUCAUGUACGAGCCACCGCCAGGAGUGCGAAAAGAGCGCGAAAAGGACGACAACGAGCCGGAGUACAAGUUUGAGUGGCAGCGGAAGUACAACGCUCCCAGGGAGUCCUAUUGCAAGGGGGACACCGAGAUCCGGGACCAGCCCUUUGGCAUCCAGGUGCGCAACGUGCGCUGCCUCAAGUGCCACAAGUGGGGUCACAUCAACACGGACAAGGAGUGCACCAUGUACAGCAUUUCCAUGAGCGAGGCACGCAAACUGCAUGCAGAAACCGAGGCCGGCGACAUCAUGGCCAAGAAUGUGCUGGAGGAGCAGAUGAAGGAGGACGGCCUAAUGAUGAAGCGAUCGGCACUGGAGUUGCAGAGCAUCAAGGCCAUCCAACAGCAACACCAACUGGUGCCCAGCGAUGGCGAGGAGGAGGCCCACGCCAACCAACAAAAUCCCGAGCUUGUCUUUCUCAAAUCCCUGUCCAAGAAACAAAAGCUAAAGCUGUUAAAAAAGCUGGAGAAGAUUGAACGUAUGAAGCGCAAGGGCGAGGGUAUCAAAAAACCCUCCAAGAAGAAAUCAAAAAAGCAAAAAGACGAUAAAGAGAGCAAGAAAAAGAAAUCUAAAAAGGACAAAUCAGGCAGAAAAGAAAGAAAAUCUUCGGUUGGCGACAGUUCGUCCUCCUCUUCAUCCUCGAACAGCAGCGAUUCCGAGGACAAUCACAAAAGUAACCACAGAGAUGACAAACGAAAUGGUCAUCAGAGAUCCAGGGAAUCGGAGCAUAGCCACCAGCGCCGAAGGGAUGAAAGCAGGCAUCGCAGAGAUCGCUCGCGAUCAACCAGCAGAGAUAGGAGGAGGGAAAAGGAGCGCCGGGAGCAUUCGAGGCGAUAGUAUUAUCAUUGUAAAGUCCACUAAUAAAUUUUGAACAUUUUGUAUCCAUUUUAAACUA